AUGGGAUUGAAAAGAUCGCCACAUGAAGUCGAGGAAAUGCGGGAACGCAAGAAGCAGAAGAACCGAGAAUCAGCGCAACGAGCUCGGGACCGAUUCAAGGCCAAGAUGCGAUGGCUCGAGGAUCAAGUUCGACUGGUCACCGAACGACAUGACAAUCUCCUCCGCGAAAAUACCUACAUGCGACACAUGCUCGGCGAACAGUCGCAAAAGCUCAAUCUUCUUCUUCAAAAAGAAAACGAAUCCAUCGCCAAAGAACAGUCAUCGCGAUCAUCUGAUUCUGAAGAUUCCGGCAGCUACAGCCCUCGCCGUGGAAAGUCAUCCUUCUCAAUUGGUUUCUUAUCCAAGUCUGCCAGCGAGGAAAAGAAAGAAUUGUCCUCCAUGAUUUCCGAUAGAAUAACUGCCAGCGGAAUCACUUCUCAUCUCAAACCAAGCCAAGGAAGCGCGCGAUACUCAGGCGUGAAUCUGUCUACUCCUCUCGGCGGCAUCAUCCCUAACCAGGUUUCAUAUCGACCCACGAGCCAUCGAAACUCGCCUUUCAUGCCUCCUCUUCCUUCUGUCCGACUCUCGCCCGGAGGAACCAUGCACAUGGACAAGCAGGGCCGCGAGUCCCCAGAUUUCGUCGAGGACGACUGCGAGAUCGAAGACAUAGACGAGGAAAUCGACGUCGGCUCUCCCGUCCGCUCCGAUUCCGACCACGGCAUCGGCACCGAACACACCCACUCGGAGGACGGUGACAAUAUGUAA